AUCGCCACGCUGUGGCUGGCCCAGAUUCGACACAGCCGUCGUCGCCUCACGAUAUCAUCCUCGCACCCGGGGCCUCACACCCGCGCUUAUCUCGAGUGCCAACCCGAGAGGAUCUUCUUCGCGAGUUACGGGGACAAGAUUUUUCUACAGCGAAAACCAUCCAUCCGUUAGACAUUCGCGGAAAGUCUUGAUGGAAAUUAACGCGCUUUCGUAAUUAGCGAUACGAGGAACAGUCGUGGCACUUGUAAAGCAACACGCGCUUAUAAAGAUUGUGUUUAAAGCGCGCGGAUAUCGAUGCGGACGGAGGAAUAUGGACGAUUCUCUCGGUGCGAGCUAACAAGUGGAUUUUAGGUGAUUUCGCAAAAGAGCAACAUUAAAAUGUGACUUUUUCUGCUGGUGUGGUGCGGUGAUUUCGUCACGUUGCUACCAAUUUCUGAUCGCGUGACGAUAUUUUUUGCUUCGCAUUUAGAUUAUAAUUAUCUCGGAGAACGCUUUCGUGACCUCGCGGAUUUUUUCUCGUCAGAUGGUCAGAAGUUUCCUGGUGAGUGCAUCCUCACAUACAUGGAGUUUCAGUUGGAUAGCGCAGAGUAUUGCCAGGCUCAACACAAAUAGAGAGACACGCCCCAUACUCCCUGACAAUUAUUAGGUACUCUUAGAAGAAAGAGAAGAAGGGUAGAAACAUCGUGGAGGGUGAAAAGGAGGAUAUUGAAGAAGAAUUAUCACGCACCGGGGGAGCCAGAAAAAUCAUCGACUAGUCAUCACGCAAGACACAUAGAAGAAUUUAAUAGAAAUUAUUAAUUUACAUUAGUAGAUGCAAGCAUCGUAGAGAUACUGAGCGCACCUGGAGCACCCAGUGCCAAAUAGGUAAUCUUCCGCGAAUUAUAGUCAAAAAGUCUCAAGUAGGAAGGAUAAAGCGCAUAUCAACACCGCCUAAUGUAACGUAGCCCUUACACUUUCGGCGAAGUUCGCACCCCGACAACCCUUCCUAACAUCUACAUGUAAACCCGUGGUUCUGUCCUCUGUAAAAAAAUAAGAUAUUCUAUUAGUUAAAUGAAAAACAACUCUAUAAGACUGACAUUUAAUGGGCUAAGUUGUCAAAUCCAGCCUUUGUCGCUUCGUAUAGUGUGGCACACGUAUGUGAGAGACUUUGAAAGACAAGUUAUAUAAGAUCUUUAAGAGAGUUAAAAACAAUAAAAGGAAGAAGAUAAAUAUUACAACCAUCUCUCCAGCUUAAGGAGGAAAUGAGCAACAUGAGGGUGAAGGAUAUCAGACCGGCGCCCGCCGAGAUUGAAUAUAAAAACAUGAAGUUCCUCAUUACUGAUCGGCCCAAUGAUCAAACCAUCCAUACCUUUAUUCAAGAACUGAAAAAGCAUAAUGUGAAGGAAGUGGUCAGAGUUUGCGAACCAACGUACAAAGUCGAGGAACUCAAGUCAGAAGGGAUCAAUGUGAUAGAUUUGGUAUUCGAUGAUGGUACAUUUCCACCAAACGAGGUAGUGGAUGAAUGGUUCGAACUGCUAAAAAAUCGAUUCCGAGAAUCACCUGACGCAUGUGUGGCGGUACAUUGCGUUGCAGGUCUCGGUAGAGCACCGGUUUUGGUUGCAAUAGCUCUCAUUGAGCUUGGACUCAAGUUUGAAGAUGCUGUUGCUCUCAUCAGAGAGAAAAGACGAGGUGCUAUAAACGCAAAGCAGUUGACUUUUCUUGAAAAGUAUCGUCCCAAGUCUCGAUUGAAGCUCAAGAAUGGACAAAAAAAUUCUUGUUGCAUCCAAUAGAUCAAAGAAUUUUUCAAAGAAAAAGAGAAGAAAAAAAAAUGGGAAGAAAAGUCACUAAUCCACAUACCGAUUGAUAUAAAUGUAUAGGUUUUUACGCCUGAAGACAAGUGGCAUAUUGUAGCAAAUCUGUUCUGAAUGGCCUAUCAAUGGAAAUGCAAUCGUGAUAAAUGUCAAUAAACUUUGAGGCACUUUUUUCGCACUAA